UCAUGACUACGACUGUUUAGCAGGUAAUGAGGUCAUUCAGGGUCAGAUGACAACAUGAAACUUCACCUCCAAAGUCUUUGAAUAAGACCAUCUGAGCAACUCACGGAAUCAAAUCGGUUGGAGAGAAACUAGUGGAAGGGAAUACAGAAAGAGAAGAAGCGACAAGAGAGACUCAAAGCAGCAAAGGAACAGUUCCAGAAAUUCUAAAAGAAAGUUUGAAAAUGUCUCUGAAAGAAAUCAGCCAAAGUACGCAGAAAAUCCUGACCCAGAACUCCAUCAUGGUCAGCCAGAUGGAGAAGAUUGGCAAAAACCUGUCCAACGUGAAGGAUCUGGAGAGCACCCGCAAGAACCUGAAGAGGGAGAGGAAAGCUACUGCUCAGAGAAACCGAGAGCUGCUGAAAUCCCUGCAGACCCUGAACACACAAGUUCAGCAACAGAUGAAGAUCCAGGAGAAAUGUGAGGCAGAAAGACAGACAAUCGCUGCCUUCUCUGAGAACAUCCGUGAAAGCAAAGAGGAAAUGGUGGCUCUGAGGUCCAAACUCUGGCUGGACGAAGAGCUGAAACUGGAGCAGGAGCGGGUGAAACAGGAGAGGAAAAUCAUGGAGAAGAAGUCUGCAGUUCUGAAAGCCGAGCUGCAGAAGCUGCAGAAAAAGGUCGGCCACCAAGCCGUCCUGGAAAUGGACUACAAGCUGGAGUUCAACCAUUUCCACGCUCUGGAAGAGGAGACCGCCGCUCUGAAAACGGAGCUUCAGAAGCUGCAGACAGAAAUCCUGGAGCGAGACCAACUGAGAGAAGAGUUCCCCGCCAUGGUUGAAGAACGAUGCCGUUUGGAGGAACUCAAGAAAGAGCUGCAGGCAGAGCUGUCCCAGCUGAGAGAGCAGCCCAACGACGCCAUCCAGCUCCGCAUGCUGCACCAGAGACUCAGCCUGGAGCUGAUGCAGCUCAGAAAAGAAACCAAAGACCUGCAGAGGAGACGGGAAGGAGUCCAACGCUCCUUUCAGGGUGUGGAGGAGAUGCAAUCUGCAUGUCAGCAUCUCCAAGCUCAAACCAGGAAGGCGGUCCAGAUCAACUCUGACCUCUCAGAGGAAAUCUCCAGACUGGAACAGGAAGUCAGUCUUCAUUUGGAUUUGGAGGACAGAGUCUGUGCCGCCAGAGAGGAAAGAGAGAGGAUGGAGAAGGAAACUCUCUCUCUCCAGGGAACAAUCCAAGAGCUGCACCUCCAGAUGCAGCAGUUCCAGCAGCAAACGGAGGUUCUGCAGCAGGAACGUCAGACGCUGCAGAACCGACGCCACCAAAGAGACCAGAUGAGGGAGGAGUACUCCAGAAUGCUGGAGGACAUCUGCUGCCUGCAGAACCAGCAGGCAGGUCUGGACACGGAAAUCUCACGCCUGAAAGUGGAAGAGAUUGAAGCUCAGGAGUGGAUGGAAGAGUUCAAGAAGCAAAAGGCUGCAGCAGAUGUUCUUCAGCUGGAGAACCAGGACCUCCAGAAAACCAAGGAGGACCUGACAGAGUCCAUCAGGAACAUCCUCACAGACCAGGAGGAAGCAAGCCUCCAGGAGUCUUCAUCCUCCUCUUCAUCAGGCAUCCAAAAUGAUGAGGAGGUCAGUUCUGAUGAAGAGCUCCAGAGGACUUCAGAUGAUGAGGAGCUCCAGAAUCUCUCAGAUGACGAAGAGUCUGUGAAAUCCAUUAAAGGAACAGUCUUCAUCACUGAAAAGAAAGUUUCUGUCUCUUCACUGACUGAGGAAGACCAAGAGAAAAAAGAGGAAGAUGAUGAGGAGUAUGAGGACAUCAGUUUUGAUGAAGAUGAAGAGUUCCGGAUAACUUCAGAUGAGGAAAAGCUCCAAAGUUCUUCAGAUGAUGAAGAGCUCCAGAAACUCUCCGAUGAUGAAGAGUCUGCGAAUGCCAUUAAAGGAACAGUCUUCAUCACUGAAAAGAAAGUUUCUGUCUCUUCACUGACUGAGGAAGACCAAGAGAAAAAAGAGGAAGAUGAUGAGGAGUAUGAGGACAUCAGUUUUGAUGAAGAUGAAGAGUUCCGGAUAACUUCAGAUGAGGAAAAGCUCCAAAGUUCUUCAGAUGAUGAAGAGCUCCAGAAACUCUCCGAUGAUGAAGAGUCUGUGAAUGCCAUUAAAGGAACAGUCUUCAUCACUGAACUGACUGAGGAAGACCAACAGAAAAAGGAGGAAGAAUGUGAGGAAGAGGAUGAAGACAAAAAUGAGGACAUCAGAUCUGAUGAAGAGCUCCCCGAUGAAGAGUCUGUGAAUUCCAUUAAUGGAACAGUCUCCAUCACUGAAAAGAAAGUUUCUGUCUCUUCACUGACUGAGGAAGACCAAGAGAAAAAAGAGGAAGAUGAUGAGGACCUCAGUUCUGAUGAAGAGCUCCAGAAUACUUCAGAUGAUGAGCAGUGUGAGGAGGAAUAUGAGGAAGAGUGUGAGGAGGAAGAAUAUGAGGACAUUGGUUCUGAUGAAGAGCUCCAGAAUCCUUCAGAUGAUGAAGAGUCUGUGAAAUCCAUUAAAGGAACAGUCUUCAUCACUGAAAAGAAAGUUUCUGUCUCUUCACUGACUGAGGAAGAUGAAGAGAAUAAAGAGGAAGAUGAUGAGGACCUCAGUUCUGAUGAAGAGCUCCAGAAUACUUCAGAUGAUGAAGAGUCUGUGAAUUCCAUUAAAGGAACAGUCUUCAUCACUGAAAAGAAAGUUUCUGUCUCUUCACUGACUGAGGAAGAUGAAGAGAAUAAAGAGGAAGACGAUGAGGACCUCAGUUCUGAUGAAGAGCUCCAGAAUCUCUCAGAUGAUGAAGAGUUCUGGAAUACUUCAAAUGAUGAGCAGUGUGAGGAGGAAUAUGAGGAAGAGUGUGAGGAGGAGGAAUAUGAGGGAGAGGAGGAAUAUGAGGACUUUGGUUCUGAUGAAGAGCUCCAGGAUCCUUCAGAUGAUGAAGAUUCUGUGAGUUCCAAGGAAGGAACAGGCUCCAUCAGGAACAUUAGGACAUAAACAUGAGGAACACUUUUAGAUCACUAGUAGGAAACAAAGAUUAGGAAUCUGUUUAGAGGAUUAGACAUCCAGAUUAGGAAUCUGUUUAGAGGAUUAGACAUCCAGAUUAGGAAUCUGUUUAGAGGAUUAGACAUCCAGAUUAGGAAUCUGUUUAGAUGAUUAGACAUCCAGAUUAGGAAUCUGUUUAGAUCGUAGUAGGAAAGGGGUUUUUAGGAUCCUAUUUUAGACUCUGUAGGUUUGUUCUCUUCUUUGUUUUUGGGUUUAUCUUAGCUAACAGCAGAGCUCCAACAUUAGCAUGUGAGCUUUCAGCCUUUCAGUUUGAUUCUUCCUCCAAUCAGGAGGAAUUUCUAAAAUGUUUUCAUCACAAAGUAAAAAAAAACAUAC